AUGAUGAAAUGCCAAAGAAGAAAAGUUAGAGAACUCGUGGAUGACCUUCACUCAACAAGUUCUGAGUUCAAGAUUUCAAAACCAGAAACUCAAACUCGUGCAUCCAAGAAAAUGGGUAUGGCUCAGAGGAUUGUAGUGGGCGUGAAAAUAGAAGAAAAUGAUAUAAGGCAGAAAAGUGAAGCACCUCCUGAUUGUUGGUCUUGGAGGAAAUAUGGGCAAAAACCCAUCAAAGGAUCUCCUUAUCCAAGGGGAUACUACAAAUGCAGCACAGCAAAGGGUUGUUCAGCCAAGAAACAAGUUGAGAAGUGCAGAACAGAUGCAUCCAUGCUCAUUAUUACCUACACAUCUAUUCAUAAUCAUCCAGCCCCUGAUCAAUCAUCCACCUACUACAAAAAAGAACAGGAAGAAAAUCUAGUCCCUGUACUCAAUGAUGCUGAACCCACAACCCUACAGCAACAACAGGCCGUAGAAGUAAAACAGCUGAAAAUCACAGUCAUUGAAGAUGAAGAAAAUUUCCACGAUUCCCGAUCUCCAUGCCAUUCUCCUAUGGGCGAUCAAGAAAAGAACCGUUUUGCAGGAAACCAAGAAAUACCCAAUGUACUCAACAAUAUUGAAGAUUCCCAGCUAUAUUGCCAUUCCGUAACUCUUUCAGUACCAAAAACAGAGGAAAAUGACUUCUUUGAUGAACUCGAAGAACUGCCCACAUCUUCAUAUUUCCCAACCUUCAUGAGAAAAAAUUUCUUCAAGGAAAGGUUGUAA